UCUACUCUGAAGCACCUAUUUCUCUUGAUUCCCUCACUCACCCUUCUUUUUUGCGGCAAGUGAGCCUGUUUUCCCCGGUGAUCUUCACCUGCUCGAUGCAACUUCUGCUGACCGGUUCAAGCUCUACAGACAUUCCUCGCGAGCGAGCACGUUUUGAUUGGAAGGCACAGCUGGUUUCAUGACAGAGGUCCACAUUACCUUACCUCGCGGUUUCCGGCCUAAGGACGAAAGCCAGAAGCUUGCUCAGAUGUGGAGUGCUGCCAACCACACCCAAGCAGCACGCAUCCAUUCCAUUUCGCUUUUUCCCGUGAAAAUGGACUCAGCCAACGGCAAGAGCGGUACCAACAGCCCAGCUUCGCCCUUCCAGUUCUUCCCCACCACGCCUGUGCGACCGAUGCCGUCCCUUUCUCCCGCUUCUUCUCCGGGGUCUUCCCACGUGACUGCUGUCUCCUAUAAAGACUACCCCUCGUCGCCGAUCGGCUUGAGCCUCAGCCCUCCCUGCGCCACAUCAGCCCAAAGCGACGACGACUACGUGUCUCCCUCUGCUGAAUCAUCGAAGGCCUCUGCUGACAUGUCCUCCCAUCCGGAGCUACCGAAGGCAAUCGAGGCCCAGCCAGCUCCCGUUCCUCACCCUGCCGCCGCGGAGAAGGUAUCCAAGGCAACUUUGUCCGUCGUGACCCCAUAUCCUCCCUUCCCUGCGCCCACAGCAGCAGCAGCAACAGCAGCUUCUUCGUUCCCUUUCGCGCAUCUUCCGCCCUACCGGGCAGCAUCUGCGGCCGGUUGGUGGGCUCCCUUCGUCGCGUUUCCCUCCCACGCCCUGCCCACUCUCUCGCCCGCCGCCGGUCAAGCGCAGCAGCAGGCGCCGGGGACGCAGCCGAAGCCGUUUGUUGCGAAUGUGGCGCCGUGGUUUUACUUUGGUCCUCCGCCUUUCCUUCCCCGCCCGUAUCCGGCCGUACUGCCUUCCGCCGCCGCUGUGGAUAUGCAUCUGGAGCCCAAGACUGGAUUGGCUGUUGCGGCUUCUACGCAGUCUGGUGCUGCUUCUUCCGUCUCAACGAAAGCUUCUGCUAAGCGAAACCCGUCAGCGAAAUUGAUGGCGAAGCCAGUGGAGGUGUCACCACGGGAGCGGCUGCCGUCGGGAUUUCGCCCGUGGAAGGCUGCGGGCGGGAGCUGCGGGUCGAAUGACACGUCAGCUCUGCUCUCGUCCAAUGGCGCCACGUCAGCGGGCUCCGCUGCCGCUGCUGCCGCUGCCGCUGUAGAAGCCUGCGCGUCCUCCCGCCAGGUUGUUCCAUUCACGCUGAAGCCAUGCAGCCAAAGCACGGAGGGUCUUCAGCAAAUGAAGGCGGACGGACAGCCAAUACAGCCAGCAGCGCAGCAGCUACGGGGGCAAGCGGGUUCGGUCAAUGCUGUCAACACAGUCAACGCUGUUAGUGCGAUGAGCCAAUUGCCCAUUCCUCUUCACAUCCUCCCAGCUAUCUCCCCCAUUCCAAGCAUCCCUUCUGCUGCUGCCGAUCAAGCCAGGGCGUAUGCCUGCAGCAUGGGACAGUAUCCCAACUACCCCUGGAGCGCAGCAGCAGCUGCUGCUGCUGCUGCGGCUGCUGGUGCUGGGGGUUUGGGGUUUAUGAGGCCUGGGGAAAGGGUUUCUGCAGAGGCUGAGGCAGGAGUGGUGGGGGAGAAGAGGAGGCUUGGAAGGGCUGAGGCUGCAGCUGCUGGCUGCGGUGAUGCUCAAGGGAAGAGGAAGAAGAGGCAGAAGCACUCAGUGGAAGUGCUCCCUGCUGGAGGUCGGUCAGAUGGAGUAGGUUGUGGUGUAGUAGAGGGUCUGGGGAGUUCAAAGAAGGAUGACGAGAGUGGAGGCAUGGAGCGAGAGUGCGAUAAUAACUUGAAGAAACAGGAGGAUAGGGAGAAGGAGAGGGAGAAGGAGAAGUCGUGCAGGAACUGCGGGACGCACACGACCCCCUUUUGGAGGAAGGACCGGUCGGGGAGUGGGCAGCACCUGUGCAACGCGUGUGGGUUGUACCUCGCCAAGAAUGACGCCCCACGGCCCUCCGUGCUCUGGAAGAAAGAGUCGCAUGGGCCCACAGACAGCAGCUGCAGCGGACAAACUUCAGUAGCUCCCAAGGCCUGAGAGGAGGUCUCUAAAGCACGUGCAAGUGUGCCUGAGCUACCUUGCAGCUGACCCUACUGCUUACUCUGAUACUACAGUAAACCUGCUCGUUACCUGACAGACUAACCUGCAACCUUGCAGCAUGCCAUUCACUCCACCUAUUCUGCAGCUUGCCUUGAUUUCUGACUGCAGCCUUGGUUCCGUGAAUGGGGUGGGGGAGUCCUUGGCAAUAAUGAAUGGCUGGCCGUGCUGGCUCUGAGGUUGCAAUGUAGAGCACAAAACUGAUGAGUAGCUAAUUUUAAAUUCGAGUGUAACUCAGUACACGAGUGAUGACAGGCAUAUUGUAGAAGUUUGUCUCGAAAGUUCAGGCUAGCA